AUUGGCUCUUAAUAUGAACACCGCAAGAUCUUAUCAAGUGGACAGUCUCUUCUUUUUAUGUGCACUAAACAGAUUUGUCUUCAAUCCAAAGGAAGGAGUAGAUAAUCCAGCCAUGGUCCAUGUUGAAGAUUCAGUACGUGUGGCCAGUCCCUUGCCCCGGGUGUGUGUACUGAAGAGGGAGGACGGGGAGCAUUUUGGAUUUCACCUGCGUGUGGAGAGAGGGCGUCCAGGUCACGUGAUCCGACAGGUGGAAUUGUUGGGCGUGGCUGGGCGGAGCGGGCUGAGGGAUGGGGACCACCUCCUAGAGGUCAAUGAGCUGUUCGUGGAUGACAUGGAGCACAUGGAGGUUGUCCGCAGGAUCCUGGUCAGUGGGUCCCAGUUGUUUCUCCUGGUUCUGGGCAGUGAGGAGUAUGAGCAGGCCAUGGCUCAGGGCUGGAACCUACGAGAGGUGGCCAGGGCCCAGCGGGGAGACGCUUGGAGACCUCCACGCCUCUGCCACAUCACAAAAGACCCCGUGACUGGCUUGGGCAUCAUCAUCCUGCCUGUGAAGGGUGAGAAAGGGAAGUUCACUAUAAGUCCAGCAAGUGGGGGACCUGCGGAGAAGGCAGGAGUGAGGAAAGGAGAUCGGCUUGUCUGGAUCAAUGGUGCCAUGGCUAGUGAAUUUCUGCAUUCUGCUAUUAUCAAGAUGGUGAAGAAGUGCAGCGAUCACAUGACCGUGCUGGUGAUUGACAGCGAGAGUGAGAAGAGCUACGUCCGCAGGGGGAUGCCCAUCGUGCCGGUGUUGGCUGACCCCCAGAACAUGGCACUCCGGCCCCGAAGACUGCGACUGGCGCAGGGCCACUCAGGCUACGGCUUCCUGCUCAGGCAGGAGAAGAUCAUAGCAGGGCGGCCAGUUCAUAUGCUGCGGGAGGUGGAUGCAGGCAGCCCUGCGGAGGCAGCAGGAAUUAAGGAUGGAGAGCUCCUGUUGGAGGUUAAUGGGGAGUCCACUGAUAGCCUGGGUCACGAGGAUGUCGUCAGCAAAAUCAGACAGAGCGGAAAGCAUGUCACCCUCACCACUAUGACUGUCCACGGCCAAGACUUGUACACUCAGCUGGGUCUAUCCCCUCUGCUCUUCUGUGAGGAUCUUUUCUCUGGCAAUGAGCAACACGAAAGUCCUGCUCCACAGGACCAGAGUCCAGCAGCUCUGAGGCUGCCAGCACCCUCUGCUGAAAGCCAGGAAGAACUGCGGGAUGAGCCCAGUCCUAGACUCUGUCUUCUACAGAGAGGCUCUGUGGGCUUCGGGUUCCAUUUGGACUGCAGCCAACAGAAACCUGGCACCAUCAUAAACCAGGUGGCAGCAGGUGGUCCUGCAGAGAGUUCUGGCCUCCUCCAGGGUGAUGUGGUGGUGGAAGUGAAUGGACAGAAUGUAGAGGAGGAGUGUAUGGAAGAUGUGAUUUUACUCAUGAAGAAAGAAGGACAUUCUCUUUCCUUGUUGGUGAUCGACAAACCAGGUUAUGAGUGGAUGAAGAAGAAUGCAAGGCCCAUCACGGCGGAAACAGUAGUUAAGACGUCUGAGGUAAAGGAACAUGGGAGUCCAUUGUCCACACAGCAGAUGCAUUAAUCCCUAAAAAUGCAAGGCUGCUUCUGAAGA